GCUCUAAACAAAGAACCAAAACAAGCAUUUCUGGAAAUAGAGCUAUCAGUUAUGCCUUCUUGUUCAACCACCACACCUCCUCUCACAACCGCCGAUCAAGGUGGUGGCACGGCGAUCUCGGACGUCCAUCCCGACAUCAUCCAGACCCACAUCCUCACCCGACUUGACGGCCCCACUCUCGCCUCCUCGGCGUGCGCAUCGUCCCACAUGCACGCCCUCUCCACCGAAGAAAAACUCUGGCGGGACAUCUGCACCGCCACCUGGCCCUCCAUCGACCACCCCCGUAUCCGCCACGUCAUCUCCUCGUUCCCAUCCGGACACCGCUCCUUCUUCUCGGAUUCAUUUCUAGCCCUCGAUCACCGCUCUCCGGCGCCGAAGAAUCGACCCCACCGUCCAUCUCUCCCGUCGGAGCUAAUUUCCGCCGUCGAUAUUCACUACAAGCACGAGCUUAUCUUCUCCAAAGUCCAAGAGUCCGAAACCGAGACUGCCUCGUUCCUCUGCUCGCCUUUCCGGGUCGACCUACUUGACGAGAAAGAGUCCGUUCGAACGCCGAUACGACACGUCGGAGAGGGCGAAGCGUGGCUCAAGAGCCUCGAGGAGAACUUGACCCUGACCUGGAUCGUCAUCGACCCGUCCCGAAAUUGCGCGGCGAACGUGUCCAGCCAGAGACCCGUGUCGGUGCAACGGCACUGGUUGACCGGGGAGAUACAGGUCCGGUUCGCGACGAUCAUGUCGGGCGAAAUGUCGUCGUCGUCGGUGUUGGUACAGUGCGGGGUGGUGGUCACGUGCGGGGGGAAGGUGGGAGGGGAGGUGCACGUGGGGCAGGUAAGCUUGCAGGUGGAGGACAUGGAGGGGAAGCAUAUGAACGGGAGGGACAGUUUGGUAAUUUUGCAGGCCGCCAUGGAAAGCGGGAGGAGAAAGAAGGAGAGGUCAGGUGAAGGGAAAGAGAGGUUCGAGGAGUUUUUGGAGAUGCAGAGGGAGACGAAGAAGAGAAGGGCCGGCUCGAUAUAUUUGAUGGCCUUAUGCGGCCUUAGGCCAGAAGAUGUUUAAGUGAAAUUUUAUUUAUAUUUUAAUAUUAAAUAAAUAUAUUUAUUUUUUAACA